UAAGCUAAAAAGUUACACGUGCCACUAAUUCAAUUAAAAAAAAGUUACAGACUGACAGUACAUUAUUGACGUUUGACUUUUGAGUAUUCCUUAAUCGUUCCGCGCGCACGUAGUACGUGCAAUUUUGUUUGGUCUUGUCCUUAAAUUUCUUCGAAGUCCCUACUACACUUGUCAGGAUGGGUAGGGAGGACAAGGCUGCUUGGAAGACCAACUAUUUCACUAAGAUAAUCCAACUUUUGGAUGACUAUCCCAAAUGUUUCAUCGUGGGUGCCGACAAUGUGGGCUCAACUCAAAUGCAGCAGAUCCGUAUAUCACUGCGUGGACACAGCAUAGUUCUGAUGGGCAAAAACACCAUGAUGAGGAAGGCUAUUAAAGACCAUUUGGAGACCAAUCCUGCAUUGGAACAACUCCUUCCUCACAUCAAGGGCAAUGUUGGCUUUGUAUUUACCCGUGGAGACCUUGUUGAGGUCCGUGACAAAUUGUUGGAGAACAAGGUGCGAGCUCCAGCUAGGCCUGGUGCUAUUGCUCCACUUGAGGUCAUCAUUCCAGCUCACAACACUGGUCUAGGUCCAGAGAAGACUGCCUUCUUCCAGGCCCUCUCCAUUCCAACCAAGAUUUCCAAAGGUACUAUUGAAAUCAUCAAUGAUGUCCACAUCUUAAAGCCUGGGGAUAAAGUGGGAGCCUCCGAAGCUACUCUACUGAACAUGUUGAAUAUCUCUCCUUUCUCAUAUGGUCUUGUAGUGAAACAGGUAUAUGACUCUGGUACCAUCUUUGCUCCAUCAAUUUUGGACAUCAAGCCUGAGGACCUUCGUGCCAAGUUCCAAGCUGGUGUGGCGAAUGUGGCUGCACUUUCACUUGCUAUUGGCUACCCAACUGUUGCCUCUGCACCACACUCCAUUGCCAAUGGUUUCAAGAACCUCCUGGCUAUUGCUGCGGUCACUGAUAUUGAAUUCAAGGAGGCUACCACCAUCAAAGAGUUCAUCAAGGAUCCAAGCAAGUUCGCAGCAGUGGCGGCUCCAGUGGCAGCAGCUGCAGCGCCAGCCGCUGACAAAAAGGCAGAAGAGAAGAAACCUGAGAAGGAGGAGUCUGAGAGUGAAGAUGACAUGGGCUUUGGUCUGUUCGACUAGACUUCACUCCACACUCACUGCUAUAAUCAAACCAUUGAGCCUUUGUUUAUAUAUAACAAUAUUUAAAUACAUGUAACAUCUGUGGCUGGUACAUCUAUGUUUGCGCCGCCGGAUUGGACGUCCAAGUGGCGGCUGAACAAUAAAGCUACUUAGUUGGAAUAA